AUGGUGAAUAUGGAAGGAUCGAGCGAACAGCAAACGGUGACAGCCUCGCCGCCGCCGCGAGCUGCCCUCAAGAGCAGCUUCAGCAUCCGCAGCAUCCUGCCGGAGGCGUGCGCUGGCACUCCAGCGCCGAGUGUUGUCAGCCGAUCGGCAUCCCCCGAGAUCAGUCACGUCGACGACAGCGAGGAUUCCAGCGAUCUGGACGUGACCGGUGACGGGAAUGGCAACGAGACGCCGCCACCGUUGGACUGCUCGAGGAACUCGGUGGCGGUUAACAACAUGAUGAGCACGACAACCACGACCAUCACCACCACCACCACCACUACCACGACGCCAGGAGCGGCAAAUUCAUGCGAGCAGAAAGAAGGAUCAAAGGAUCAAAGGGUGGCGCAAGGAUCGGAGGAGAAGAAAAAGUGCGAGAAACCGCCGUACAGUUACAACGCGCUCAUCAUGAUGGCCAUUCGGCAAAGCCCGGAGAAGAGGCUGACCCUGAACGGUAUCUACGAGUACAUUAUGCGUCAUUUCCCCUACUACGAGAACAACAAACAGGGCUGGCAAAACUCCAUCAGGCACAAUCUAUCGUUGAACAAGUGUUUCGUGAAGGUGCCUCGCCAUUACGACGACCCGGGCAAAGGGAACUACUGGAUGCUGGACCCGAGCUCGGAGGACGUGUUCAUCGGCGGGACGACCGGCAAGCUCCGCAGGAGGACGACGGCCGCGUCGAGGUCGCGACUGGCCGCGUUCAAGAGGAGCGUCGUCCUUGGCGGGUUGUACCCGUCGGCGUACGGGCCGCCAGGUUGGCCAGCCUCGCUCUACACGCUUCCGUAUCUGCAUCGGGCUGCAGCUGCCGCCGGUUAUCCGCCGGCAACGACCGGGGGCGCCUACUCCUCCACUCCGGCCGGCUAUCCAGCGAGUUUGUUACCCGGCGCGGCGGCAGCGGCAGCGGCGGCGGCUGCUGCGGCUGCCGCGGCUUCCACCACCACCACCAACAACAACUCGGUCGCUAGCAGUUUGCCGUGUAAACCGCAGCCGCUGCCAGCCACCGCAGCCGCGCCUCCCCAACACGGCCCGUUCUCCAUGGAGAGGUUGCUUCAACCUCCGACCGCCGCUGGAUAUCCCGCCGGCAUCGCCGCCGGUAUACCGUUGCCCGAAUGCCGCAACCCGUACGACUUUUACUCGACCCUGAGAUCGUUGGCCGCGCAUCAGCAGCAGCAGCAACAACAGCAGCAACAUCAUCAUCAUCAUCAUCAUCAUCAUCAGAGCAACGCGGCGGUGUUUGGCCACAGUCAGCAGCCACCACCGAUCACCAGGUACCACCACCACGUAACAGGCAGAACCCAACGGCUGUCAAAACACGGCAAAGCAUGGAAUAAAAGUUUCGUUCUGUUCGCAAAGUCAAUGGAUAAUGGAAGAGCGAGGCAAGGUCAGACCUACGAGAAAUAG